AUGGCUUCGUUGAACAGCUCCUUGGAGGAGUUCCUGAGCCCCCUCUCAAUCAACUCCAACGUGGUCCACGAGCUCUCGCGAGAAUUCACCGAGACCUUUAGGAGACUGUCUGCCGAGUCACUGGACCAGUUCCUACCUACGCCCAUCUCUGAUGGCGGUACUAACCUUCGAGUUGGCUUCGUGGAGCUUCUGGGCGCUGCCCAAGAACGGAAGGUCAAUGGAAGCACGCCGGACGUGAAACUCGUCAACGGGGAUAUUCACCCCGAUGACCAGGGCCCACCACGCUUGCAGCGACUCCUCGAGCGAUCCUGGCCGAUCCAGGAGCAUCUGAAGAAUGAGAAUCCCGAGAGCUUGUUUUCCUGGAUCGGCCAGAAUGUUGCCGUCGUUGUCCAGGAAGGCCUGGAUCGCUUCUCCCUGCCCCCGGAUGUCGACCUUCCCAUGGGAGUCACGUUCAGCUUUCCCAUGGUCCAGCGAUCCCUCUCCGAGGCGACGCUCAUGGCCAUGGGCAAGGGCUUCGCCAUCACGUCCGAUCUGAACCUGGGAAAGCACCUCCUGAAUGGCUACGAUAAGCAUCGGAAGCCGGACAUGCCGCGGAUCAAGAUCGCGGCCAUUGCAAACGACUCAGUCGCCACGUUGGUGUCCUUCAUCUACCAGUUCCAGGCAAAUGCCAGCCAAAAGGCGGUCAUGGGCCUGAUUGUCGGCACGGGAUGCAAUGCCACCAUCCCACUCAAACUCAGCAGCCUCCACGAGAGCAAGCGGCCCGACUCGGUCAGCGUACUCCCCGGCCAGGAAGGAGUCGAUGUCAGGAUAGCCGUGAACACGGAGUGGAGCAUCAACGGCUCCGCGGCGCCUCUACGGAAGCUGGGGCUGAUCAGCAAGUGGGACGAGCAGCUGGACGCCGCGGGGGAGAAGCCGGGAUUCCAGCCGCUGGAGUACAUGACUGCCGGAAGAUACCUGGGCGAGCUGGGCAGGAUCAUGUGCCUCGAAUACCUGACCACCGUUGUCGGGCUCCCGCCAAGGUCGUUACCGGCCAAGCUGUAUCAGAGAUUCGGCCUCACGACGACAUUUCUCAGCCAUUUCCGACCCGGUCCUGGCAAGCGGCCCAUCCUAGAGCAGCUCAGGGAAGAACUGCCUGAGGGGGACGGGCAGGCGGGUUUUCAGUGGACCGAAGAGCUAGCCGAGGCCUUGCACAGCAUUGCCCGAGCGAUAGAGAUCCGGGCGGCCGGGAUCAUCGCCGCGGCAACUGUGGCGUUGCUUGCCUGCGCCGAGGAGAUACCGGCUAAGGCGUCCGGGCCCGCCAACGGCGACACGCCGCCGAGCAGGGAGUUGGUAGCGGGCUACACCGGCGGCUGCAUCGCGUAUUUCCAGGACUACCUAGCUGACUGCCAGAGCUUCCUCGACCAGAUCUUGGACAUCGAAUUCGACGGCCAUGCUCCGGUACGUGUUCUGUUGAAGCCGUGUCAUGACGGCGGCAUUACGGGCGCGGGCAUUUUGGUGCCGGCAGCUCUGGCAAGUCAUAGCAAGCGAGACCAGGACAUCGAGGACGCUACCGAGGCCAGCGACUUGGAUCUCCUCCUCUCCCGGUCUGUCUCGUCCGGCGGACCCAUGCUCGAGCCCGAGUCAUUCGAGCAUUCGAUGCUCCGGGGGCCGCGAAAAUCCGGUCUUGGCAACCGAGGGCCCCGACGCGGCUCCAGCACCAGCAGCCAUGACUACUGCAGGGCAUCCGUCUCGAGCGCGGUAAUCUUCGAGGAAGAGGAAGGCCCCGGCCUCGAAACCCCUCGCGCGGGGAGGAGUGACGAUGACGAGAGCGAGGCACCGGACCCGGCCGACACUGCCGACGAUGCCGGGUCCAUGUCGUUGAAGACGCCAUACCUCGGCGGCGUCUCCGUGUACCGCUUCUGGCUGGUGUUUUCCGGCAUCCUGGCGACCAACUUCAUCGCCUGCUUCGACGGCACCAUCAUGGCAUCCAGCCACCCCGUAAUCACGUCCUAUUUCAACAGCAGCAACAGCGCCUCGUGGCUCUCGACGGCGUUUCUGCUGACCUCUACGAGCUUCCAGCCGCUCCUGGGUCGGUUGUCCGAUUCCCUGGGCCGGAAGCCGCCUUAUAUUAUGACCAUGACCAUAUUCCUGUUUGCAACGGUCUGGUGUGCGUUGGCACAGAGCAUGACCAGUUUCAUCCUUGCGAGGGCUCUAUGUGGGCUCGGCGCCGGUGGCAUGAUGACGCUCGGAAGCAUCAUAAUAAGUGACUUGGUCCCCAUUGAGAUUCGGGGUGCCUACCAGUCAUACCUCAACGUCACCUUCGGAAUCGGCUCGAUGCUAGGAGCGGCACUCGGGGGAGCCAUGGCAGAUCACCUGGGAUGGCGCUGGGAAUUCGGCGUCCAGGUCCCCUUCAUCUUGCUGUGCCUUGUCCUCGCAAUCUACGCCGUCCCAGGGGACCUGGGCAUAUACGACAACCGAAAAGAGGGGUUUCUAGAGGCCAUGAGAGCGUUCGAUUUCAAAGGUUCGAUCCUGAUGGCCGUGUCUGCCACGUUCCUCAUUCUCGGCCUGGUAAGGUCCCACCCAUUCGUCAUCACCUCCCUCGUGAUAUUUGCCGUCUGCUUCCCCCUUUUCCUCUACGUCGAGACUCUUGCUACCCGGCCCAUAAUGCCUCUUCACCUGGUCCGCAAGUCUCCACACAUGAACCUGAUUUUCGGAAACUUCAUCGGUGCCAUCCUCAUGAACGCUAUUCUGUUCAACAUUCCCCUCUACUUCCAGGGCGUCCUCCUCACCACCGCCACCACCUCGGGCCUCCGCCUCGUCGUCCCCUCCGCGGUAGCCUCCACCACAGGCGUGGCGACGGGCUUCCUCAUCUCCUGGACCCGCCGCCUCAAGUGGGCGCCCGUCCUCGGCGCCAGCGGCUUCCUGGCCGGCACGCUCGCCCUGUCGGGGAUGCAGCGCACGUGGCCCGAGUGGGCGUUCCUCCUGUGCCUGGUGCCCUCGUCGGCGGGCCAGGGGUUCCAGUUCCCCGGGACCUUCCUGGCGCUGCUCGCGCUGUGGGAGCAGCGCAGCCAGGCCGUCGUCACCAGCACCCUGAUCCUGUGGCGGAGCCUGGGCAUGGUCCUCGGCGUCGCCAGCAGCUCGCUGGUCCUCCAGAACGCCUUCUACCGCUACCUCGAGGCCUACGUCUCCGGCCCCGACAGGGACGCCGUCAUUGAGAGGGCGAGGGGCUCCGUCGAGGCCGUGAGGGACCUGGAGCCCGUGUACCGCGAGCAAGUGGUCAGGAGUUACGAGUCCGCCCUGGGGCUGACGUUCCUGUGCUGUGCCGUUCUGGCGGUGAUCAACUUGUUGUUAAUCGUCCCUGUCAAGCUGCCGAGGUUGGGGAGCAAGAAAUAA